AUGAUCAGUGCCAAGAGGCUUUUUCAGAUGGCAAAGAAGUGGCAGAGAAUGUCCGCCUUGCCGAGGAAGCGGCUUACCUCGAUGCCGGCGAAAGAAACCGAAGCAUCCUUUGGAACGUCGUCGACGGCAAUGGCCAGCAAGGGCCACUGCGUCAUGUACUCCGCUGACAGAUGGCAGUUCGAGGUGCCGCUGGCGUACCUCGGCACGGCGGUCCUCGGUGAGCUCCUGCGCAUGUCGCAGGAGGAGUUUGGGUUCGCGAGCGAUGGUGGCAGGAUCACGCUGCCCUGUGAUGCCGCCGUGAUGGAGUACGCCAUGUGUUUGGUUAGAAGAGACGCUUCUGAGGAGGUUGUGAGGGCGCUCUUGAGCUCCAUGGUCAGGCCUUGCCACACUGUCAGUGUCAGUGGCGUGGCGCCAUGGAUGGAGCUCAAGCAGCAGCUAGCCGUAUGUGUAUAG